UCGUUUCUAGAUGGCACUACCUUCUAAACGUGCUUCACCAAAUAGACGUCAUGUUUUGAACGUCAGUGUGUUUUCUAAUGUUGUGUAACGCGUUGUUGGCGGCCGAAGUGGUCAUUUGACGAACUGGUUGUGUGUUGUGCCAUCAUGUAUACGGAGUGCGGACGCAUUUACGGCUGCGUCCUUUUCUUCCUGCUUUUUGGAAGCUGCAGUGCACAAAUCGGAAGCAAAUGCGUGUUCCUUAGUUGCCGCUUCGCCAGGCACGCAGCUUGCGAUGCCAACAAUGUCUGCAGGUGCAAGCCAGACUAUCCUGUACAGGUAUCACCGCUCAGGUGUGCAAAAGCACGACGACAUCUGGAAGUCUGCACAGACAACAGGGAAUGCACAGAAAUAGACAAAAAUACGUACUGCUCUCGAACGUCGUCGCAGAGUCGUUGCGAGUGCCACGACGAUUUCGUCUAUAAUGAAGAGACAAGAUCCUGCGAACUUAUGAAGCUGCCUCCUGUGUCUCCAGACAUCCUUUUGCCCAUGGCUGUUGGCGUUUCGGUAGCACUGUCCAGCAUGCUCUGCUGCUUCCUCGCCCUGUGGCGACUUUGUAAACGGGCCAACAGUAGUGGCUUCUUGAGCAGUUUACAAAGCAGUGGCAGUGCAAAUUUAAGAGCAGCACGAGAGCACGCACCUGUCCGGACUCAGGACUCCUGGAGUUCUGAUACAUUGCCUUCGUAUGAAGCAGCAGUGUCACUAAAGAGGCCAUCAUCAUCUCAAGAAGACCCUCCGCCGCCAUACUGCGAAGCUGUCACUUUGCAGUUACCCCUGUCUGAAACAAAAGUGUGACUGCGGUGCUCCUGCUGGCGAGUCUGGAUCCUGCGUGUUGCCGUAUUGCACAUAGCCCUGGCCACAGUGGCGACAAAAACUGCUCCGGCAGUUACAGAAUACCGAGACAACACAGAAUGCUCAUCGCUGGUCUGAGAGAGAG